AACACGCACCAGGUGUGUGCCCCAGGGAAUCCAAAGCAUUCUCUGUGAUUCCGCCGGUUGUGAACGGCGUUGAGGGUGCAAUUUAGCCUCUGACGGUGACGGUGUUUGAACAAGGGUUACCGGAAACGUGUGACGCGGCACACGUCAUUCCAACCUCUCGGGGCUGGUGCUGCUGCCCGUCUAGUGCGCACUGCGGUGUGGUUGGGUGAAGCAGGGCGUGGCAAGGUUCUCCUGGAAUUGGAGCUUGUGUUCGGAAAACGCUUAGCAGGCCCGCAUCACAACAUCACCCCCGAGGACGCAGGCAGUUGGCCCAAGGAAGACAAGUUUGGAGGUAAUUUUCAAGACUUCCCUCGCGACAAGAGAGCCAGCAGCGAAGAUACAACCUCGAGAGACCAACCAAACAAGCAGAACCGACGCAGGAAUAUCCUGCCCAUCGCAUCAUGACAACGCUGGUGGAGUCACGGGGGCAGCGAGUGCAGAAGUUCUGCAUAAAAAACGUCCUUCCGCUGGGCUUCUUCGUUGUCCUGGUGAUCGCCCUCGCUUGGCCGGCGCCCGGGAAGGCGGUGGCGAAGCCGAAGGUUGGCGACUAUCGCCUCGUGCAAACCAUCAACGUCAUUGUGAUCUUCAUCAUCUCCGGCCUGACACUAAAGACCGACGAUAUCAAGGAAGCCCUGAGCAAGGAGGGGAGAUGGGGUUACAUCUACGGGGUCGUGGCCAUCUUGGGGAUCACGGGCGCCGUGGGGUUCGUUGCUGCGGAGAUUCCCUUCGACGUGGAUGAGUUCUCCUACGGGUUGUCGGUGUUCUGCGUGGUGCCCACGACGCUCUCCUCUGGGGUGACCCUGGUCAUGAAUGCUGGGGGAAACGAUGCCCUGGCGCUCCUCCUCACCGUAACAACCAACUUGCUCGGAGUUGUGACGGUUCCGUUUUACGUCAAGGGUGUGGUCAACGCCGGAGAAGAUGCGUCCAUUGACCCGGUGGGCCUUCUCGUCAAGCUGAUCAUUAGUGUUCUGGUUCCGCUGGUGGUGGGAAAGGUGAUAAGAGAGGCAGUACCGGGGGCGAAGGCGCGGGUGAAGCGGUUCAAGGUGCGGCUGAGCCUGACGAGCAGCGCGAUGCUCAUCAUGGUGGUGUGGCAAACCUUGAGCAGGGCGCAAGACAAUUUGACGUCGGUGGCGUUCACGCAGAUCUUGUCUGUGAUUGCCUCGGGCAUCGGUCUGCAUUUAGUCUACCUGAGCAUCAACUACCCGAUCUGCAAGUACAUCCUCAAGCUCAAGCGGCGAGAAUUCAAGGCCGUGGUGCUCAUGAGCUCGCAGAAGACGCUGCCGGUGUCGGUUACCGUCAUCGGCUUUCUUGGAAAUGUGGGGCAAGAGGGGCUCAUGACGAUACCAUGCAUCGUCGGGCACAUGUCGCAGCUCUUCAUGGACGCUUACAUAGCCUCCAGAUGGGCCAACGACGAUGUCGCCGCAGUAGAGGACGAAGCAGAGGGCGCGAAGACGAAUGGGGUAGUUUCUACAAUUUAGUUCUAUUAUGCUCUUCUCUAUACAUAGUAGGGAGGAUUGAGCCGUGGGCGUCUUGCUUGGGGUCUUCUUGUGCAGCGUUUUUUCUCUUUUUUUCCCGCGCAACUCACCGUGCUUGGUGUUGUUUAGCAGCACAUCCCCCUCCCUACCCUUGAGGAUUGUCGAGGUUCGGUUGAGGUGAAUGGCGCCCCCACUACUCACAGGCGUCCGCCAUUUGUAUGGUUGUGGCGGGUGUUGUAGAUGAGUGAGCUAGAGAGAUUUCUUCGGCUCGCCUGAUAUCAUGUCAAAAGCGCUAUUGUAAUAGUUCGCUUAUGAUUCUUUGGUGGCUUGGACGCAUGUAGAUACCGAUUUAAUACUUAGGAAUAGUAAUGAACAUAUCGUCGGGCGAACCGCAUUUGAUACGAAACUUGGUAGGCAACAGAGUUGUAGGGAAGAACGGAGUCCUUGUGUCAGUAUUGUUGGGCAUCAGGCGAUGUCUCUAGGGAGUUGGAGCAGGUAUGGGUUUUGUUACCGUGCUCAACGGCUACGGGGAUACAUGAUGCAUUGAUC